CGCUCAGAUAACAGAGCAUUAGUCUUGCGUGCAGCAAAAAAACAGAACAUGAUUUUAUCAAUUCGACCUCAUAUUCGAGGAAUAUUUACAGCGUCGGCCUUUGCUCACAAAGAAUGUAGAAACCUUCUGGUUUCCGAGGCAGAACCAGACCAGCUAGAGCAGAAUACCCUUUUGGGUAGUCAUGUAGAUAUGCUCGAACUCAACGCUCAACUGAAGCAGCUAGUUAAAGUCGGUAAUGUGGGAGAGGCUCGGAAAAUGUUCGAUAAAAUGCCUCAAAGAGAUGAGAUUUCCUGGACCAAUAUGAUUUCAGGUUAUGUUGGUGCCUCUGACGCCUCCGAAGCGUUGGCUUUGUUCUCAAACAUGUGGGUUCAGCCUGGACUCUGCACGGACCCCUUUGUUCUUAGUGUUGCACUCAAGGCUUGUGGACUUAGUUUGAACUUGUCUUAUGGGGAACUAGUUCAUGGGUAUUCGAUAAAAUCGGGUUUUGUGAAUUCAGUCUUUGUGGGCAGUGCUCUUCUUGACAUGUAUAUGAAGAUUGGUAAGAUUGAGCAAGGAUGUAGAGUCUUUGACCAAAUGCCGAUAAGAAAUGUGGUAUCUUGGACUACCAUUAUAACCGGGCUUGUUCGUGCUGGUUACAAUGUGGAGGGUUUGGAGUAUUUUUCCGAAAUGUGGAGAUCAAAAGUACAGUAUGAUGCAUAUGCGUUUGCUAUCUCAUUGAAGGCAUGUGCUGAUUUGGGUGCUUUGAAUUAUGGUAGAGCGGUUCACACACAAACAAUGAAGAAAGGGUUUGAUGAGAACUCAUUUGUAGCCAACUCUCUUGCUACCAUGUACAAUAAAUGUGGCAAAUUAGACUAUGGGUUGCAGUUGUUUGCAAAGAUGAGGACCCAGGAUGUUGUUUCAUGGACAUCAAUCAUUACAACAUAUGUUUGGACAGGUCAAGAGGACCUUGCAAUCAAAGCAUUUAUAAAAAUGCACGAAUCCGGCGUGAGUCCUAAUGAAUACACUUUUGCAGCCGUUAUCUCUGGAUGUGCCAAUCUUGCUAGAGUUGAAUGGGGUGAACAAUUACAUGCCCGCGCAUUACACAUGGGUCUUAUCGCUUCUUUGUCAGUAGGAAAUUCCAUUGUAACCAUGUAUUCCAAAUGUGGUCGUUUGGAUUCAGCUUCUAACGUGUUUAACGAGAUGGGCAUAAAAGAUAUUGUUUCAUGGAGCACUGUAAUUGCAGGGUAUUCUCAAGGAGGUUAUGGAGAAGAAGCUUUCCAGUAUUUGUCGUGGAUGAGAAGGGAAGGACCAAAACCAAAUGAGUUUCCUCUUGCUAGUGUAUUGAGUGUUUGUGGAAGCAUGGCAAUGCUUGAGCAAGGGAAGCAAUUGCAUGCUCAUGUCCUGUCUGUUGGUUUAGAGUGUACAUCUAUGGUACAAAGUGCUCUAGUCAAUAUGUAUUCAAAAUGUGGAAGUAUAAAAGAAGCUGCAAAAAUCUUUGAUGUGACAGAACAUGAUGAUAUUAUUUCAUGGACAGCCAUGAUUAAUGGAUAUGCUGAACAUGGGUACUACCAAGAAGCCAUUGAUCUGUUUGAGAAGAUUCCUAGUGCUGGUCUGAAACCAGACUCGGUCACCUUCAUUGGUGUUCUUGCUGCUUGUUGCCAUGCUGGAUUGGUUGAUCUUGGUUUCCACUACUUCAAUUCGAUGAGAACUAACUUUAGGAUUAAUCCUUCAAAAGAACACUAUGGCUGCAUGAUUGAUCUCCUCUGUCGAGCUGGACGGUUAAGCGAGGCAGAACAUAUGAUCAAAGGUAUGCCCUUUCACCAGGAUGAUGUUGUUUGGUCUACUCUGCUUAGAGCAUGUAGGCUCCAUGGUGAUGUUGACUGUGGAAAACGUGCUGCAGAGGAGAUUCUUAAAUUAGACCCAAAUUGUGCAGGGACUCAUAUAACCCUGGCAAAUAUGUUUGCUGCCAAAGGCAAGUGGAGGGAAGCAGCAGAUGUAAGGAAAAUGAUGAGAUCAAAGGGGGUAGUUAAGGAGCCCGGAUGGUCAUGGAUAAAGGUCAAGGAUCGGAUUUCUGCAUUUGUUGCUGGAGAUAGUUCUCAUCCACAAGGUGAUGAUAUAUACAGUGUGUUGAAAUUGCUAGCUUCAAAGACAGAAGGCACUAUUCAGGAAAUGAGGUCUUCAUUAAUUGAUGUUGAAGGUUAGCAUUUAGUCGAUUGGAAGUUAAAAAGUUUAUUUCUCCAAUUUGAUGAAGCUAAAUCUGAGAGUUGCAUAUGAAAAGUUCUGAGGAGAUGCUUCAAAUUCAAUACAUAAAUUACAUGCAAAAAAAACCAGUUUUUCGUCCAUAGGUUUAUACUCAACCAAGGAUGUGAAACGAAGCUUUGUUUAAGAUACCUCUACUUAUGUGGAGAUCCUCUUAAGGCAUGGCUGUGGCUCAAGGAUAAGCAUUACUGAAGACAUGCGAAUCUGAAUCCAGAGCCACAUUGAAAGGUCAAGCAUUACUGAAGACAUGGAAAUUUAUGUACUGGUCUUCCAAGAAAAUGCACACGCUUGCGUGGAAGAUUUUGGACUUUUUCACCACCCGAGGACUAAUUUAUAAGUUAUAUUCAUGAAAUAAAUGUUUGCUUGAGUUUUGCAUCUUCUGUUACUCAUCUAAAUGCAAUUUUCUUUUUCUUCUUUUGCUGUAAAUAUUUUUUACUUAUUUUUGGGCAAUUUAUAACAUUUGUAACUGUAUAGUUGGAACAUGCUCAAUACCAUGCACAUUGAUUU